AUGCCCUCCCGUGCGAAGCGCCGCUCAAGACACAAGCAGAGCAAAGCCUGCUUCCCAGGCAGAGUGUCUGCACUGUGCUUCCGGGUGAGGAACUGCCUGUGGAAGCUGUGCCUGGGUAGCUGCUGUCAGCUUGAGAAGCCGCAGCAGUAUUGCACAGAGACGACUGAUGUGAUCGAGGGGGAGCCGCCACUUUGCGAGGAGAUAGAGGAGCAGCAGGAGGCGCAGAACGUGUGCAGUGAUGCCCCAUACCUGCUCGUGUCUGAGGAGCGAUACCGAGGAGGCCUUCCUGCCCAGGCCGCGGGUUGCUGCAACCGCAAGGGCCACCGGGUGCGCCUGGUGGUCAGCGGGAACCACCUGCAUGGGGACAUUGUCCUGCACAGGCCUCCCCAGAGCCCACGGCCUGCAGAGCACACCGCUCCAGCCCCACAGAGCUCACCGCAACCUGAAGGCACAGCUGAAAUGGCCAGAGCAGCAGAAGGGCCGCUGCCCUCUACUCUGCCUCCUGCACAGCCCGCCAGUCUGCAGGCCCGACCACGCGUCAUCCCAUGGCAAUUGUGGCUUCUGAGCCUAUGCGCCAGGACCUCAAUGGAAUCUGAGGUGGCACAGCUUGCAGUUGUUCCUGGCCAGAAGUUUAACUUGCCCUCCAUGCGCCAUAAGUUAAUAUUUUUCUUUGUUUACUGUGUUAUAACAUUCAUUUUACUUUACAUUUUGUCAGAAUAUGACAAUGAGAUUCUUGGAUCAUUCAUAGACACUGAUUAG